AUGAGCUGGAAACAGCACACGUCGCGUGGGCAUUCUGAAGAGGUGGAAGACUCCAUCCAGUACCUGCGGCGCUACUUGGGGGACGAGAAGACGGGUGGACUGCACCCCGCCACAUCCCCGCCAGGCAACAAGAGCAACAACAACGAUAGCAACAGCCCCGUGGCUGCAGGCGUAGUACCAAACACCGUGGCCCGUGGUGACUGGGGGGCACCCGGCCACUCACGCGAGAGUUCUGGCUCGACUCUACACGGUAGGCCGCCAAUAUACGAGCGCGGUAGUGACAGCAACAGUAACAGUAGAUUGCCCCCGUUUAGCACUGACGGAUAUGACGUGCCCCCACCGCUGCGACGCGGGGACGGCAUUGCACAGGUGGAGCGGCGCCACCAGCCACGUGAGUACGGUGGGCGGACCGUGACUUCACCGCUCCGUGAACCGCUGCAGCUGCACUACGGCUCCGCCAAUCAGAGCCCUGCUGGGCGACCACCGCUGCACGGACAACAACAACAACAACAACAAAAACAGCAGACUGAUGCCUCAGCGCGGAGGAGCAGGCCCAUCAACUGGCGUGAUGAGGAAGGUGACAACAACAACAACGCCCUACGUCGGCAUGACGAGAAAUAUGCAAGAGGGUGGCAGCACGAGACGAGCGACGCGCGUUGGGCGAAUCGCCAGAGCUCGUGGAGCCACCCGAGGCGCAGCCACACCGACCCGUGCAAUGACACGCGCCCCUUCAACGGAGCGUCAGCGUCCGGACGCCAACACCGCCGCCACCACCGCUUGGGCGACGAGGGGCUCGUGGACGAUGUAAAGGAGGAGGAACAGCAACAACAACAGCANCAGGAGGAGGAGGAGAACGAGAGGAGUGUAGCGAUGGAGCGGAGGCGCACACCGACGAGGGCGAGCGACGUGAGGAGGUCGCACUACACAACACAUGACCGUUCGCCGAACAGCAACGCGACAACUGCGUCUGUGACUGGUGCUGCGAGUCCUGCUGGGCGACACGGCACUCCGAACGGACACUCGGCGUCCGCACGGAAGACCAACAUCAACAGUAACCACAACGGUAGCAAACUGAACUCACGUGCCGUGUUUCCGUACCCAGUGCAUGAAGACAACCUGCGAUCGAUUAUAUUCUACCUGAAGAACAACUACGCGCUGGAGCCCGAAGAAUCGCUGCGCGGUAUUGAGACAAUGACACCGGAGGACGCAUUGGGCCUCGCGCAGUGUUUCUACGUUGACAUGUACCGCACCGUGCGGCACGCGCGCGACGCGGCUGGUGUCGGCCGCGCGGGGUUCACCGACAGAGACCCCGACGUGGACUGCGUGGUUAGCCCUGCCAACGACCGUGAGAGGUGGACGACUGAAGAGGACGACGCAGCCAAUAUUGAUGGUGGUGAUGAUGCCAGACGAGACGAGGGUGGGCGUGCGGAUGCAGGCAGCCUGCCUCCACCAAAGCCUAGCGGCGUGACGCUGGUCGGCGCACCGCGGCGGUCGCCCCCACGACAGGCGCAAUACCCGCACCCCCAGCAAUACCAACAAAAACAGAAGCCACAGAAGCAGCAGCAGCAGCAGCAGCAACACGCGAAACCGAGAACUAUCGGCGACGUGGAGGACACGCGGCGUCCCCCGCAUGACCGCUCGCAGUCCCUGACGCAGCACGAUACGUCGAGGACGCACUCCGCGCACGACCAUGCCGACAGCAGUGUGCUCACCGCUGGCACUUCCUUAUCUAUCGAGGCCCCGCCGGAGCCGCGUAGUGGCAUUCUGCGGCGCCCACUGAGGGAACUGAUGCCGCUGCUGCGUCGCGGCUCAACGCUAUGCAAGCACGUGGUGAACGGUCGCCCACACUUGCGCUUCUUCCGCGUGAUAGACCGCGUCGGGACGUACCGCGGCGAGGAGGCACUGAUGCCGCACUUCUCGUGGUUCCCAACAGCAUCAGACAAGAGCCCUACCGAGGUGCUUAACCUGUUGAGCCUUGUUGGUGUGCACCUGCUCCUAGCCGACAAUGCCGGCCGCUUCCACAAGCUCUUCCGCCGCAAGAAGGGCGUUAUUGUUGACCACAGCCGUCGCCCGGUCGCGAACGGCAUGUGUGCUGUCUUUCACUUCGAGCGCCGUGACGUGGCGGUGUCGUUCAUGACAGAGGAGGACCGACAGCUGUGGGUGGGCGGCAUGAUGGGUGUGGUGGAGCGGAAUAGAGAGGUCGCCUCGCGAGCCAAUGUGGGAUAA